AUGAAGGACAAUUCUGUAUGUCGUAUAGUGAAUUUCAAAUAUGUGUAUGUUCAUCUUUGUGACAUUUUUGAUAAAUUAUCACACUUCUAUGCCAUUCCUGUAUUAUCAUCUGUUAUAUAUUUAGGAACAGUUAUAACAUUUAUAUCAUAUUACAACUUUUACAAAUUUUAUGUUACCAAAAAUUCACUUAAUCCAAGCCACGACAUUUGUGACACCCUGUGGCUUUUUAUCGUAGCUUCGGCAAUUAUUACCUUGAUUACUACUGUCAAUAGUAUCAAAAAAGAGAUUAGCAUUAUUCCAGAUAAUCUUCAUUGGCUCUUGAAUCUAUGUUCAAUGUCUGAAGACAUGGAGAAUGCGCUGAUGGAUUUUUCUUAUGACCUUUUGAGUCGAAAAAUAAACUUCACUGCAUAUGGAAUUAUUCCAUUGGAUGGCUCUUUACUAUUUUCAAUUUUAGGAAGUUCUAUUACUAAUCUUGUUAUUUUCCUUCAAUUUCAAUUGUAA